AUGCCGUUUGCUCAAUCGCCCGAGAUGGACCGUCGGAACGCGUCGCGUCAUGAAGAGUACGAUUCUCGCUCACGAGGCCGGGACUAUCCUCCUGAUUACGACGAGUACAGAAGACCGCGUGCACCUUAUGAUGAAAGACGCGGACGUCCUCAUGAACCUGUUGGCUACGAUUCCCGAGCAGAGCGAGAAGGCUACAAUCGGAUGGAUUAUGGUGACCGCCGAUCCCGUUAUGAUUCUCGACCCGUAGAGCCAUCAUCGCCCAGGUAUUCUGGAGAGGGACGUGCACGUGGUGGACCACCAGGAGCUGCGCCGAAACCAUCGAAGGUACUGGGAGUCUUUGGUUUAUCACUUAGGACGGAAGAGCGCCAUCUAUACGAUAUUAUGAGUGCUUAUGGUGCAGUGGAGGACAUACAGAUUGUUUACGACAGUCUCACCGGUCGUUCUCGAGGUUUUGCAUUUGUUUACUUCCAAAACAUGGAGGAUGCGAGAAAUGCCCGGUCGGCCUGUGCUGAUGGUCUGGAGCUGCAUGAUCGAGUGUUACGUGUCGACUACAGUUUGACCACCGGACCCCAUCAACCUACUCCCGGCGUUUAUAUGGGAAAGGAUAAGAGGCGUUAUGUUUCGUCCCGUAUGAAGAGGUAUGGAUACUCUGAUCGUCGAACAUACCGCCGGUCUCGUUCUCGCACACCAACUCCACGAAGACGUGGUGGUUCAAACGAUUACGACAGUAGUUAUCGCCGAAGAUCCCGAGUAGUCUCCAGCAGUCGCUCACGCAGUCCACCGCCCGUUCACAGUGAUCGACAAACCAAUGGACUACGCCGUUCCCGUUCUCGCUCUAUUACGCAACGUGACCCAGCCGUGAGGUAUUCGGGUCCACCCAAAGCUGACGAUCAGUGGUCCGAUCGAAGUGGCUCGUUCCAUUAA